UGAGGCGCGCGGCUGCGGUGGCUAGGCCCGAGGGCUUUAGAGACUGUUGGUGUGGGAGCCGGUGGCCCUUGCGCGUCUGGGAAAGAGAAAUCCGCGGGCUGCUGAAGAGCGCGGCCUUCCUCCUAUUGCAGCGGCCGAGUGGUUAAAGUAAACCAUGGCCAGUAAUCACAAACCUCCAUCGGCUCGCCCUGUUUCCCGAGGUGGAAUUGGGUUGACAGGAAGGCCUCCUUCUGGGAUGAGACCCCCAUCGGGUAGUGUUCGAAUGUCAACUGGAAUACCACCUGGAACAGCAAGACCGGGGUCUCGUGGUGGUCCCAUAGGGACAGGAGGUGUUCUUUCUUCUCAAAUCAAAGUUGCUGACCGUCCUGUAACACAACAAGGUUUGAGUGGAAUGAAAACUGGAAUAAAAGGUCCGCAGAGACAAAUUUUAGACAGAUCGUACUAUCUUGGUCUUCUUAGAAGUAAAAUAAGUGAACUUACAACAGAAAUUAAUAAACUUCAGAAAGAAAUAGAAAUGUAUAAUCAAGAGAAUUCAGUGUAUUUGUCAUAUGAGAAGAGAGCUGAGACUUUGGCUAUUGAAAUCAAAGAGUUUCAAGGACAACUGGCAGACUACAAUAUGUUGGUAGAUAAACUUAAUACCAAUACAGAAAUGGAAGAAGUAAUGAAUGAUUACAACGUGCUUAAAGCUCAAAAUGAUCGAGAAACACAAAGUAUGGAUGUCAUAUUUACUGAAAGACAAGCGAAAGAAAAACAAAUUAGAGGUGUUGAAGAAGAAAUUGAACAAGAAAAGCAAGCCGCAGAUGGCAUUAUAAAGAAUAUGCCACCCGAACAGCAAGUGAAAUACAUGGAAAUGAAAGCCACAAAUGAGAAAUUAUUGCAGGAAUUGGACACACUUCAGCAACAACUAGAUUCACUAAAUAUGAAGAAAGAGAGCAUGGAAACUGAAAUAGCACACUCCCAAGUGAAACAGGAUGCUGUAUUGCUGCAUGAAAAACUUUAUGAAUUGGAGACCCAUCGAGAUCAAAUGAUUGCAGAAGACAAAAACAUGGGAUCACCAAAAGAAGAGCGAGAAAGAUUACUUAAGCAGGUCAAAGAAGAUAAUCAGGAAAUAGCCAGCAUGGAAAGACAGUUAACAGAGAUAAGAGAAAAAAUUAAUCAUUUUAGUGAAGAUAUUAGACAACUUGACAUGGAUUUAGAAGAACAUCAAGGUGAAAUGAAUCAGAAAUACAAGGAGCUUAAAAAAAGGGAGGCAAAUAUGGAUGCUUUUAUUGAGACUUUUGAUGAAACCAAGAAUCAAGAACUGGAAAGAAAAGCACAAAUAGAAGCCAGCAUUGUUGCACUUUUGGAGCAUUGUAGUAGAAACAUAAAUCGUAUGAAACAGAUAUCCUCUAUCACCAAUCAAGAGCUAAAGAUGAUGCAAGAUGACCUUAGCUUUAAAUCUACCGAAAUGCAAAAAUCUCAAAGUACAGCUAGGAAUUUGACUUCAGAUAGUCAACGUCUACAGUUGGAUCUACAGAAAAUGGAGCUUCUGGAAAGUAAGAUGACUGAGGAGCAACAAUCUCUAAAGAGUAAGAUAAAGCAACUGACAGAUGAUCUGGAGACAUAUAAUGAUUUACCAGCCUUAAAAUUAUCAGGUGAAGAAAAGAAAAAGAAAUUACAUCAGGAGAGAACAGUGUUAUCAACUCGCAGAAAUGCCUUUAAAAAAGUAAUGGAGAAGCUAAACUUAGAGUAUGAGAGUCUAAAAACACAGUUACAAGAAAACGAGACACAUUCUCAGCUUACAAAUUUGGAGAGGAAGUGGCAACACCAUGAGCAAAAUAAUUUUGUAAUGAAAGAAUUCAUAGCAACCAAGAGUCAAGAGAGUGAUUACCAACCAAUUAUGAAGAAUGUGACCAAGCAAAUUGCAGAGUACAAUAAGACCAUCGUGGAUGCUCUACACAACACAAGCAGAAACUGAAUCUAAACCAGCUGAAAGACUAAAUGUCAUCUUUCUGCUGAUCUUCAUAUAAGCUGACUGGAAAAAUAGCUUCCUCUUGUAUAGUUUUGCAUGUUCUUUGAAGAGUGAUAUUUAAAAUAGUGUAAUGGUUCAAUAGAGUUUGCAUAUAAGAGUAUUAUCAACUUUCUGUUUUGUUAUGAUGAUUUAAAAAAAAAGGUCUCAAAGAGGGGCUGUGAGAGCUCAGAGGACUAAAUACAGGUUUUUCAGGAGGAAAACGUGGGGAAGCCUGGGCUUGAUUCCCAGCACCGUAUGGAACCAUGAAUAUCAUUGAAAGCAACUCCCAAACACCACCAGGCUGGCCCAACACCUCCUCGCCCCAAAAAACAAUCUCUCUGCCCUGCACCUUAUAUAUUUUUAUUUUGUCCCAUAUGUGACAGGGAAACCUUAUGGUUUGAAAGGUAUGCUGUUGGGCCAGAGUGUUGCUGACCUGAUGGGGCACAUGUCUUACUUGAGGCUCAGGGUUUGAGCGCCAGCACCACAAACAAACCAACCAGUGAGCAUUAAAAGAAAUACUGUAGUGAAAUGUGGUUAUUUUGGUCUAUGGCUGCUGCUAUUUCUGCCCCAGAGUUUGAUGAGAAUUUGCUUUUUCAUAUGGUAGGAGUACUUAACGAGGUUAAUUUAUAAAUAUUAACUAGAAAAAACUAGAACACUUACAAUUGUGUAGUAUAAGUCUGGGAUCUCUUAUUGUAUCUAAAGAUGUAUGCUUUCUUUUGGAGCCAGGAAUUUGUUGUCUUGGCCAGCAUAAAAUAUUCAUUAAAGAUAUUCUUCUACUGAUCUCCUGUUGUUCACCAAGUUAAUCUAUUUGGCAUCCCUCUUAUAUGUAUAUUGAUUUGUUUCUUGGGGAGAGGGAAAGUGGGAAUCUUUCUUUAGAUAUUUUGCGUAAAUUGUCUCAGGCAUGUUCUUUUCUGAAAGUAAUAUCACUAAAUAUUGUGGUGUAGAAGGAUGAGCCCAGGUGAUACAUCUAUUAAAGUAGUAUUCUUAAAGAUGUGCUUUGGUCCUAACUUGUAGUAAUAGAAUGAAUCACAAAAGUUGUUGAAACCAAGGUAAAUUGUUUCCUUUUUCUUGGCUGCUCAGAACUCUAAAUCUGCUAUUGUGCCAUAAGUUCAAGAGUAAUAUAUACUGUUAAUAAUGGCUGCUGUUUAUGUGAGUAGUAGGAUUGUGGGUAUUUUUUUUUUUAU